AUGAGUAUAUGUUCCAAGGUUUCUCCAAUGAGUAAAUGUUCCAAGGUUUCUCCAAUGAGUAAAUGUUCCAAGGUUUCUCCAAUGAGUAAAUGUUCCAAGGUUUCUCCAAUGAGUAAAUGUUCCAAGGUUUCUCCAAUGAGUAAAUGUUCCAAGGUUUCUCCAAUGAGUAAAUGUUCCAAGGUUUCUCCAAUGAGUAAAUGUUCCAAGGUUUCCCCAAUGAGUAAAUGUUCCAAGGUGUCUCCAAUGAGUAAAUGUUCCAAGGUUUCUCCAAUGAGUAAAUGUUCCAAGGUUUCUCCAAUGAGUAAAUGUUCCAAGGUUUCUCCAAUGAGUAAAUGUUCCAAGGUUUCUCCAAUGAGUAAAUGUUCCAAGGUUUCUCCAAUGAGUAAAUGUUCCAAGGUUUCUCCAAUGAGUAAAUGUUCCAAGGUUUCUCCAAUGAGUAAAUGUUCCAAGGUUUCUCCAAUGAGUAAAUGUUCCAAGGUUUCUCCAAUGAGUAAAUGUUCCAAGGUUUCUCCAAUGAGUAAAUGUUCCAAGGUUUCUCCAAUGAGUAAAUGUUCCAAGGUUUCUCCAAUGAGUAAAUGUUCCAAGGUUUCUCCAAUGAGUAAAUGUUCCAAGGUUUCUCCAGUGAGUAAAUGUUCCAAGGUUUCUCCAAUGAGUAAAUGUUCCAAGGUUUCUCCAGUGAGUAAAUGUUCCAAGGUUUCUCCAAUGAGUAAAUGUCCCAAGGUUUCUCUCGUAAGUAUAUGGUCCAAGGUUUCUCCAAUGAGUAUAUGUUGCAAGGUUUCUCUAAUGAGUAUAUGUUCUGAGGUUUCUCCAAUGAGUAUAUGUACCAAGGUUUCUCUAAUGAGUAUAUGUUCUGAGGUUUCUCCAAUGAGUAAAUGCUCCAAGGUUUCUCCAAUGAGUACAUGUUCCAAGGCUUCUCUGGUUUCUCCAAUGAGUAAAUGUUCCAAGGUUUCUCCAGUGAGUAAAUAUUCCAAGAUUUCUCCAAUGAGAAAAUGUUCCAAGGUUUCUCCAAUGAGUACAUGUUCCAAGGCUUCUCUGGUUUCUCCAAUGAGUAAAUGUUCCAAGGUUUCUCCAAUGAGUAAAUGUUUCAAGGUUUCUCCCAUGAGUAAAUGUUCCAAGGUUUCUCCAAUGAGUAAAUGUUCCAAGGUUUCUCCAAUGAGUAAAUGUUCCAAGGUUUCUCCAAUGAGUAAAUGUCCCAAGGUUUCUCUAGUUUCUCCAAUGAGUAAAUGUUCCAAGGUUUCUCCAAUGAGUAAAUGUUCCAAGGUUUCUCCAAUGAGUAAAUGUUCCAAGGUUUCUCCAAUGAGUAAAUGUUCCAAGGUUUCUCCAAUGAGUAAAUGUUCCAAGGUUUCUCCAAUGAGUACAUGUUCCAAGGCUUCUCUGGUGAGUAUAUGA